AUCCGGUGACGCGGAGCUCACGUGACUCGCUUGGUGACUACGUGGGAACAGCCCCGGCGCCUGCCAGCCCUGCAGUUUGGUCCUGGACCCAGCGCCCACUCAGAACCAGUUCCGUGAGCUGCCUGGGCUAUUGGGACCCUGAGGAGGCACAGGCCCGUCCUGGGUUUCUGCAGGUCCGCACUUCUGUUGUGGCCAGCGCUCUCUGAGGACUGAAAAGAAGGAGCAAGCUGCCCAGGAUCCCGCAGGACAGGAACAGAAGGGGAAAUCCCGACAUGAAAAAACUCUGCAGCGAAAAUGAAGGAAAACCAGAAAAGGAGAGAAAGGCAGCAGACAAAGUAGAGCCUGAAGAUGAAGGGAAGACCGAAAAGGAAGAAAAGCCUGACCAUGAGGGGCAGCCAGCACCUGAGGGGAAGCUAGAGGGUGAGGCAGAGCCAGAUGUUGAGGGACAAGGGGAAGAUGAAGGCAAGCCUGAAAUGCAGAGCAAGUUAGGAGAUGAGGGCACCCCACAGGGUGAAGGCAUGGUAGAAUCCCAGGCACAGCCAGUGAGCAAGCAGUUGCCCGCUGAAAAGCACCUGGCCGAAGAUUAUGUGCCCCGCAAAGCAAAAAGAAAAACUGAUAGGGGAACUGAGGAUUCCCCCAAAGACUCUCAGGAGAAUUUACAGGAUACCCAUUUUAGCAGGGAGGAGAUGAUGAGAGAGUUUGCAGAUGUAUCAAGGGGUCAGGACGAGCUAAGGAAAAAACAGAGGAUAAAUAAUUUUUAUUGGAUGCAAAGAGAGCUAUUGGAGUCAUACCCCCCAAGGGGCCCAAGGGGUGUCAGGGGAAUGAGAGGUGGAGGUAAGGGCCAAAGAGGCUUGCCUGAUAUCCCAUAUCUUUAAUGCCUUUGGCCUUCUAUUCUGACUUCUCUGUUAAGAAUACUGCUGGCCCUGCUUCCCUUGGUAGAUACUUGCCAGGUCCUGUGGUUUAACUUUAAGCUGAUACUUUGCUUUAGGUGUCACUCUCCUUCCCACCUACUGCGCUUUGUCUUUUAGUACUGGAUUUUCUCCCAUGUGCAUGGAAGAGAUGUUCAUGGUAUGUUGUAAAAUAAUAAUAAAAAUGAAGUUUGCAGAACCACAUAUAUAGUAUCAGCCCACUUUUAUACAAUU